AUGUCCCGGGCGCUCAAGGCCCGGCACCGGGCGAGGCGCAAGGGCGGCUCCCGGGAGCGGCUCUUCGGCUGCGACCUCCGCGAGCAUCUCCAGAGCUCGGGGCAGGACGUGCCGCAGGUGCUCCGGAGCUGCACGGAGUUCGUGGAGCAGCACGGGGUGGUCGAUGGCAUCUACCGCCUGUCCGGGGUGUCCUCCAACAUCCAACGGCUGCGGCAGGAGUUCGAGGCGCAGCGCAGCCCGGACCUGUCGCGGGACGUUUACCUGCAGGACGUUCACUGUGUGAGCUCGCUGUGCAAGGCUUACUGCCGCGAGCUGCCCAACCCCCUGCUCACCUACCAGCUCUACGACAAGUUCGCCGACGCCGUGGCCAUCCAGAUGGAGGAGGCUCGGCUGGUGAAGAUCAAGGAGGUGCUCAAGGAGCUGCCGGAGCCUCACUACAGGACGCUGGAGUUCCUGAUGCGGCACCUGCUGCGCAUGGCGGCGCACAGCGGCCGCACCAACAUGCACGCGCGGAACCUGGCCAUCGUGUGGGCUCCCAACCUGCUGCGCUCCAGGGACAUCGAGGCUGCGGGCUUCAAUGGCACGGCGGCGUUCAUGGAGGUGCGGGUUCAGUCCAUCGUGGUGGAGUUCAUCCUCACCCACGUGGAGCAGCUCUUUGGGGACGCGCCGCUCGCAGGUACCGGGGACAGCGGGGGACAGAGGGGACUGCCAGGUGCAGACUCCCCCCGUCGCUCCCUGCUCCUACCUGGGGGUGCCCCCCCCCUGCACGUCCCGGCCGUGCUGAGCCAGGGGGACGGCCCCCCCCAGAUGAGGCCCUACCACACCAUCAUCGAGCUUGGCGAGCACAGGAGCAAAGGCUCCCUCAAGGCCAAGAAGUGGAGAUCCAUCUUCAACCUGGGCCGCUCCGGGCACGAGGCCAAGCGGAAGCUGGGAAAGGCGGAAGAGAAAGACAAGUGUGGGAAGGUCACUCUGAGGCCGGCCAAGAGCAUGGACUCGCUCAGCUCCAGCCCCUCUGGACAGCCUGGUAAGAGGGACCCCGAGACCCCUGGGACCCCUGGGAUUGUCCCUGAGACCCCUGGGACCCCUGGGACUCUGUCGGUGAAGCUGCGGCCGCAGCGCCAGCACAGCUCGGACGCCGCCCCCGCUGCCCCGGAGCUGGACGAGAGCCUGGAGGAGGUUCUGGAAGCGGCGGCCGAGAGCAGCACCCAGUCGGAGCCCACCAGCCCCAAAGCCCCCCGGGAGGGGCCGGGGGUCUGCGGCCGCUCCCGCGCCGAGAAAUGCGCGGGGCUCCACAUCUCGGGCCCCUUCUCGGUCACUGUCCCGUUCCACAUCACCUCCAACCUGUCCCGCCUCACCCGGGGGCUCCCGUGCCCAGCCCUGGAGCGGGAAGCGCCCCCCGGUAGCGCCCCCGAGCCCGCCCGGGACCCCCGGCCCCGCUCCGGUGAGAGCCCGGCAUGGGAACCCCCGCGGGAGCUGGGGGACGGCGGGGUCGGGGGACACCGGGAUCGGGGGGACACCGGGGUCGGGGGACACCGGGAUAUGGGGGACACCGGGAGGACACGAGGAUCGGGGGAACACUGGGAUUAG